AUGACACAAGUUCAUCGCAUCGGCUUUACACAGCUUCAAGGGAAGAGUGGUACAAGGGAGGAGGGGUCAUACCGCGUCAAGUUCGCCACGUUCGCCUGGCCUGACGCCGAACCUCAGCUGACACAAGGCAGCAUCAUACUUGUCCAUGGACUUCGGGGUCACCCCAGACAUACGUGGGAGAGUGGUAAAAUUGUCAAUACGAACGAUGACCACGGUCCAACAAUAAAGAAGCGUACUGGCCUCAGGUCCUUCUUCAAAUCGAAACGGUUGACUCCCGACCCUAGCCCAAGCCAAGCUCAAGAUGUCUCAUCUCCACCGAGUGUAUUCUGGCCGGACGACUUUCUUACGGACGAUAUACCUGAGGCGAGGAUCUGGACAUAUGGAUAUGAUGCCGAUGUUAUUGGUGGCGUGUUCCAGGCGAACAACCAGAACAGCGUGUCUCAGCAUGGUCGCGACCUCAAAGCAAAGCUCGAACGGGAGAUUAAUAAUAAUGAUCCAAUCGUGUUUAUCGUGCAUAGCCUCGGUGGUAUUAUCGUCAAAGAUGGCUGUCAAGCUCGGGCGAAACUGAUCAUCUUCCUGGGCACACCGCAUCGUGGCUCCUCCUACUCGGAAUGGGGUCAGAUCGCUUCGAACCUAGCUCGCUUGGCCCUGCAAGACUCAAAUAAGAAAAUCAUUGAGAUGCUGGAGGUAAACAGUGAAGUCCUUGACAACAUCCAUGAGGAGUUCAAGACGAUUGUGCAUUCUCACAACAUCAAAGUACACUCUUUUCAGGAGGCGCGAGGGAUCACGGGCAUGAAAGGUUUGCACAACAAGGUAGUGGAUAACUUCUCCUCUAAGCUCGAUUUGCCUCAAUCACUCGAGACAGUCGAAAGCAUCAAUGCGAACCACAUGGAGAUGGCUAGGUGCAGCAGUAAAACCGACGAACGAUAUCGCGCGAUUGUGGGUGUUCUGCGACAGGGAGUCUCCGCAAUGAUAGCGCCAAUUGAUAGAAAACCGGUUCAUGCAGUACACUACGUCAUCCCCUUUGCGAAAAAUAAACAUUAUGUAGAGCGGACUGAGUUAUCCGAUGUCCAACGAAUGCUCUUUGACGACACGCACCAGACAGUUGCCCUAGUAGGCAUGGGUGGUUUAGGAAAAACACAACUAGCCUUGAACUUUGCCUACUGGGUUAAGGAGAAUAAGCCGACAUACUCCGUUUUCUGGAUCCCAGCUCUCAGCGUCGCAAGCUUUGAGCAAGUUUACACCGACAUAGCGAAAGAGCUUGGCCUUCGUCCGAAUACUAAAGGCGAAGACAUUAAGACAACUGUUCGACAGUUCCUAAACUCCAAGGAGGCUGGCCGUUGGCUCCUGAUCAUUGAUAAUGCCGAUGACAUGGAACUCUUGUACGGAUCAGCAGGCGACCAAGAUGGGUUGAUUCAUCACCUACCGAGAAGCGAAAAUGGUAUUACGCUAUUUACUACGCGCUCAAGAGAACUAGCGUUAGCGGUAGCGAAAAAUGCGCUGAUUAAACUCCGUGCAAUGGACCAAGGCGAAGCCGAGGCUUUAUUUAGGAAGUCUAUUCUUCGGAAACAACACCUACAGGAUCACGACUCCGUAGCGAAAUUAUUGGAUUUCCUCACCUUCCUACCUCUAGCAAUCACCCAAGCCUCAGCGUAUCUAAAUUGGAACGAGAGCGUGCCAAUUGCAAGGUAUAUUCAACUACUACAGGGCACAGAGCAAACCCUGAUAAGUACAAUGAGUCGGGAAUUUCGCGAUAGCACCCGGUAUCCAAACUCGCCCAAUGCGAUCGCAACUACAUGGUUGGUUUCUUUCGAACAGAUUCAGCAAAUCGACAGCUAUGCCGCUAACCUGCUGUACUUCAUUUCACGGAUCGAGCCCAAGUCAAUACCACGGUCAAUUUUGCCUCGCUCUGGCUCCGAAGACAAAUUGGAUAACGCUAUUGGUAUAUUGGGUUCAUACGCAUUUCUCGUGGAGCGAGAUGAAACCGAAACAUUCGAUAUGCAUAGUCUUGUGCACCUGGCGACACGCAUCUGGGUGACUAAGCGAUCCAUCGACGCACAAAUUAAGGAGGAUGCAGUGGAGCGUAUCAAAGAGAUAUUCCCAACAUAUAGCUAUGGGGACCGUGCUCGUUGGAGGGAGUAUAUGCCUCAUGCGCUGAAGGUUUUGAAUGAAAGUACAGAAGUUGAAAUGAAUAAGAAGCUGCGUCUUUAUUCACGAGUUGGGUGGUGUCUGCUAGAAGACGGACGAACCAAAGAGGCUGUGAAGUUACUGAAACAGGCAGUGGAGGUACAAGAGUGCACACUGGACGAAGGGCAUCCCCAUCGACUCACGUCACAACAAGUACUCGCAUCCGCAUAUCAAGCAGACGGACGAGUAGAAGAGGCGAUCAAGCUACUAGAACACGUAGUAGAAGUACGACAGAGCACACUGGACAAAGGGCAUCCCCAUCGACUCACGUCACAACAAGUACUCGCAUCCGCAUAUCAAGCAGACGGACGAGUAGAAGAGGCGAUCAAGCUACUAGAACACGUAGUAGAAGUACGACAGAGCACACUAGACGAAGGGCAUCCCGAUCGACUCGCGUCACAACAAGUACUCGCAUCCGCAUAUCAAGCAGACGGACGAGUAGAAGAGGCGAUCAAGCUACUAGAACACGUAGUAGAAGUACAACAGAGCACACUAGACGAAGGGCAUCCCCAUCGACUCGCGUCACAACAAGUACUCGCAUCCGCAUAUCAAGCAGACGGACGAGUAGAAGAGGCGAUCAAGCUACUAGAACACGUAGUAGAGGUAGAAGCAAGCAUACUGGACGAAGGGCAUCCCGAUCGACUCACGUCACAACAAGUACUCGCAUCCGCAUAUCAAGCAGACGGACGAGUAGAAGAGGCGAUCAAGCUACUAGAACACGUAGUAGAAGUACGACAGAGCACACUGGACAAAGGGCAUCCCCAUCGACUCACGUCACAACACGAACUCGCACGGGCAUAUCAAGCAGACGGACGAGUAGAAGAGGCGAUCAAGCUACUAGAACACGUAGUAGAAGUACGACAGAGCACACUAGACAAAGGGCAUCCCGAUCGACUCGCGUCACAACAAGUACUCGCAUCCGCAUAUCAAGCAGACGGACGAGUAGAAGAGGCGAUCAAGCUACUAGAACACGUAGUAGAAGUACAACAGAGCACACUAGACGAAGGGCAUCCCCAUCGACUCACGUCACAACACGAACUCGCACGGGCAUAUCAAGCAGACGGACGAGUAGAAGAGGCGAUCAAGCUACUAGAACACGUAGUAGAAGUACGACAGAGCACACUGGACAAAGGGCAUCCCCAUCGACUCACGUCACAACACGAACUCGCACGGGCAUAUCAAGCAGACGGACGAGUAGAAGAGGCGAUCAAGCUACUAGAGCACGUAGUAGAAGUACAACAGAGCACACUAGACGAAGGGCAUCCCCAUCGACUCGCGUCACAACAAGUACUCGCAUCCGCAUAUCAAGCAGACGGACGAGUAGAAGAGGCAAUCAAGCUACUAGAACACGUAGUAGAGGUAGAAGCAAGCAUACUGGACGAAGGGCAUCCCGAUCGACUCACGUCACAACAAGUACUCGCAUCCGCAUAUCAAGCAGACGGACGAGUAGAAGAGGCGAUCAAGCUACUAGAACACGUAGUAGAAGUACAACAGAGCACACUAGACGAAGGGCAUCCCCAUCGACUCACGUCACAACACGAACUCGCACGGGCAUAUCAAGCAGACGGACGAGUAGAAGAGGCGAUCAAGCUACUAGAACACGUAGUAGAAGUACGACAGAGCACACUAGACGAAGGGCAUCCCGAUCGACUCGCGUCACAACAAGUACUCGCAUCCGCAUAUCAAGCAGACGGACGAGUAGAAGAGGCGAUCAAGCUACUAGAACACGUAGUAGAGGUAGAAGCAAGCAUACUGGACGAAGGGCAUCCCGAUCGACUCACGUCACAACAAGUACUCGCAUCCGCAUACCAAGAAGACGGACGAGGCUAGAAGCUUCCCAAGUUGCACAUCUAGUAGGUUUAGCGGCUGG